AUGUUGAUUCUCGAUCUUCCUAACGAGGUACUGGCGCACAUUGUUCGGUAUGCCAACCUCAAUGGAGACCUUUCUGGCCUGAGACUGGUUCACCCGAGGCUUCUCGGGGUACUCGCCCACCAGUCUCGCCUGUUGCUUGCAGACAAGUCCCUCAGAUAUGGUAUCAGUCCUCGGGCGUUGCGUCUCUAUCGAUCACAGCACGUUGGAAGACCGUUCGCUCACGACCACCUCGAUCCGGCCAUGUUAGAUGUCCUGGCGUUGGAUCAAUUCCUGCGGGAGACGGGAAGUCUGGCUGUGGACGCUGACCGGGCCCUUCGUCCCUUGCACAAUGCAUCCGUUGAGCACCAGCCGAGCAGUCGAGAGCCCUUUAUGCUGUUCGCGGCCUUCACCCGGGUGUUGAACUCAUCAACAACGAUUUCCCACUCGACAGCGUUCGACUUGCUUGCCCCAUCACCCAACGGAGGACAGACUUACUCCAAGAGCUACUCGGACAGUUUUCUGCAGCUCCUGAAACAGGAGUUGACUUUAGUCGAGCUGGAAGCUAUCAUUGGUGCGAUUAGCAUCUGCGCGAUGAAACUCUGGAGCACCGUCUUCGUGUUCAGGCCUAAGGAUUCCACAGUCACCGGCUUCGGCAGUCUCAGUGGGGCCUCCUUCAAUACAGAUCAGGCGAUCUUGACGGAGCAUAUCAUCUGGAAAGGGCCCCUUUGGGCAGCGAGAGUACUGGAACUCUACGGACCAGCCGAGAUAGGGGCAACGCCAACUCAGCUGGACGCCGACGUGGGCAGCAAUCUCAUCAAGGAGGCAGUCUGGAGAGGGACACGCGAGGAAGGAGCUCGACUAGCCGCCAAUGGAGUUGCGCGGCUCUUGUGGAAAGAGAGACAGGAAAGGAUAGAGGCAAAGGCCAAUGCAUCUGCAGAGAAGAUCAGCAUUGCGGACAUGAGGGUGAAUCCAUUGGUGUGGCGAGGCUCUUCGGGCGACAUGUAG